CCCAUUAGCAGUGAAAUGUCAGCUGGCCUCAGGCACCGCGGCGUGUUCCACGUUUGGAAUGCCCCUGCCGAUGAAAUUCAAGCUGCUUGGACUGGGAUCGUGGGCAGUGCUGCGUGGUGGGGAACUUUGCGGCUGCUUGAAUGUCCCACAAGGCUCGCAGCAGUGUCCUGGGACAGCAGAUGGACUUCCCUCUCUUCUUCUCAGUUCCUGAGGCGACAGCAGGUUCUUCAGUUAUACAGGAAGAUCCUAAGGGCUAUUCGUGAGGUCCCUGCUGAAGCAGAUCGCCGCUAUUUAAAGGACUGGGCCAGAGAGGAAUUCAGGAGAAAUAAAGAUGCUACAGAUGAGGAUGCCAUCAGGAUGAUGAUUACUCAAGGCAACAUGCAACUUCAGGAACUUCAAAGAACACUUAAGCUGGCCAAAUCCUGAUCUUAAGUUUGUUGACAGCUGGACUUUCAUCUGCUGUGAACAAGCAUAGCAUUUCUUCCAGAAAGUGGUUACAGGAGCAGCCUUUGCUGGCAACCUGGUAAUGCUUGAAGGUGGAACCUACCACGGUGGGGGUUUUGUUUAUUCCCCUUCCUUAUCUCAGUUUGGCUGCCCUCCCAUGUGGAAAUCACUGAGACACAAAGGAUUUGAAAGACCUGAAUGGAUGAUGUAGCAUGUGCUGUGGGAAAAGCAGAAAGCACCAAAAACUACUGCAGCAGUGUUACAGCAGGGAAAUGGAAAAUAAAUAAAAGCCAGAUUAUUUUGUCUGUUU